GGUCCAGAACCUAACCCUUUUAUCUCUCUAGUCCAGUCAGUCACAUUGUUUUUGACACAGACAGAACAAGUUGUCCCAGUGGGCGUGGAAGCUGUGGCCUCUAAACUCCUUCCAAUGAAAAGUCGGUUUCCCUCGAGCAACCUCCAAGAACUGUGACCGUGCUUCAUAUUAUUCCAACAUGGUAAACAACUGUUAUCACUUUCUCAGUGGGCGUGUAGGCUGUGGCCUCCUAACUCCUUCUAAUGAUAAGUUGGUUUUCCUCGAGCAACCCCUAAGAACUGUGACCGUGCUUCAUUUUAUUCCAACAUGGGAAACAACAAUUAUCAUGUCGCUCUCCUAAGAAUGUGACCAUUAAGACUGCAGUCGCUGAGGCUUUUAAACCAAAGUGUUUCAUUUUCAUUUCAUCAUGGAUGACAACAAGUGCUAUCAUUGCUCUCACUGCGCCCACAAGGCCAAAAGUGUAAGAGCACACCUAUUUCACCUGAAGUACCAUCGCCACAUCUCCAAGUACCUCAUCUGCGGGUUGGGCCGAUGCAAAAGCUCCUUUACCACUGAAAGUGCUUUGCGUUUCCACAUUAUCCGCAACCACAGAGUUUAUGUUGCACAAACUCAACAUGCCCUGUUCAAGAAAUCUUCUGUGCGCAAUCCAAGCGGCAAGUACAAAUGCCUUGUUUCAUCAUGUGGCCAACAAUUUUUUCAUGAUAGAGAUUUUUCAAUGCAUCUCAAGGAUCACUUCAAAUCUGCAACUUCAGUGCCUUGUCCGUCUACUGGUUGUUUGAAACAAUUUAACUCCUAUCGCUCCCUAACUGGACAUAUGUCAAGGAAGCACAGAACAAUGGUUCCUUUGACACAAGAUGAACCCUCAGUCUUGACUCCUGCUGAACCACCAGAUUUGAUGGAGGAUGCAUAUCUGUUUUCUGAUUUAGAUGUAGUUAACCAAGACUUUAUGCAUGAGCAUGAGGAAACCCUCAACCCACCAGGAGAAGAUAGAACUGUUGCUUUAGCUCAAUUUUUCCAAAAGCUAGAAUACAAGCAUAUGGUUUCUGGUGUCGUUACCCAAGUUGUUUACUCAGAAAUGAAGAACCUGUUACAGGAUUUCCAACGUUGCUUCAUGGACAGUUUAGUUUGUAACAUGAAAAGUGCACAAAUUCCAGAAGAAACUUUAUCCGAAGUUCUUUCUCUUACAUCUUCAUGUAACGAUGUUAUGGAAUCUUGCCAUCUUUUGCGCAGUGUUUACAUGAGAAAACUAUUCUACAAGAAUAAUUUUUGUUUUGUUGAACCUAUUCAGGUUCCUCUCAAUAAUGGCAGUUUCUUUUACUUUGUGCCUCCAGAUCAGUCAUUAAUUGCUGCUUUUCAAAAUAAGUCAUGGAAAUUUUGUAUCAAAAAACCUCCAUUCUCACAAGAUGGUUGUUCUAGAGAUUUCUUUGAUGGACAAGCUUUUAAAUCAAAUCCCUUUUUUCAAGAAAAUCCUGAUGCAGUUCCUAUUAUACUCUACCAAGAUGGAUUUGAACUUGUAUGUGCAAUUGGCCCAGCCAAAAAUCUUAAACAUAAAAUUCUUGCAGUUUACAUGGCCUUUGGUAACCUACCAUGUGAAAUUCGUUAUAAAAAGGAUGCCAUCCAGCUUGUUGCACUUGUCCGAGACUGUGACUUCAACCAUAAAGAGAUAUUUGGAAAAGUGUUAGAAGAAUUGAAGAGAAUGGAAGAGGGAACAGAAAUACCUGGUGUUGGAAUUGUAAAAGCUGGUAUCGCCUUCAUUGCUGGGGAUAAUCUUGGAAGUCAUGGUAUCGGUGGCUUCAUUGAGAAUUUCAGUCGUUCUCAUUACUUUUGUCGUCAUUGCCUUCUUACAAGGAAACUGUACAAUAAGCCAGGUGGUGAAGUAAGACUUUUCAGAAAUCGAACGAAGGAAUCCCAUGACAGAGCCCUUCGGAAAGUGAAGAUCAGAACGGAUGGCUCAGUUAAAAGUUGCCAAGGGGUAAAAUUUGACUCUGAAUUAAACAAGCUGCAAAGUUUCCAUGUGACUAAGGGUUUGCCAUUCUGUAUUGGACAUGAUUUGAUGGAAGGCAUCAUUGCUUACGAUUUGAAAUUGUAUAUUCAACAUUUUAUUUCACUUGGAUGGUUUGAUAUAGAAACAUUGAGUGAGUUAAUUAUCAAUUUUCCUUAUUCAGAAGAGGAUCGCAAGGAUUGCAGACAAAGAUCGUUUAAAAAAAAAAAAAUACCUUGACGAUUAGGUCCAUAG